AAUUACCCUCUUCUCUCUCUUUCUCCCUUCUAACUUCCCUUCUUCACUCUUCUUUCUCUCUCAUCCACUUUGCUUCUUCAAUUCCUCCCUCCACAAACCCUAACUUAUUCCUCUCGCCGGCGAGGGGUUUUCCGGCGGAACCGGGUCCGACCCGAAAUAGCUGCCCCGAUCUGUGUUUACCUACCAUUUCCGGAGAGAGAAAGAUUGGAAAAUGUACAAGAACCAGCUUCAAGAGCUGGCACAGAGGAGCUGCUUCAACCUGCCGUCGUACACGUGCAUUCGGGAAGGUCCCGAUCACGCGCCGAGGUUUAAGGCCACCGUUAACUUUAACGGCGAGAUCUUCGAGAGUCCUCACUACUGCUCCACUCUCCGUCAGGCGGAGCACUCCGCCGCCGAGGUCGCUCUCAAUUCUCUCUCCCACCGUGGCCCCUCUCACUCCCUCGCCGCCAAGAUCCUCGAUGAGACCGGAGUCUACAAGAAUCUCUUGCAGGAAAUUGCACAAAGGGUAGGAGCUCCAUUGCCUCAUUACACAACAUUCAGGUCAGGCCUGGGACAUUUACCUGUUUUUACUGGAAUAGUAGAACUGGCUGGAAUCACAUUUACUGGUGAACCUGCCAAGAAUAAGAAACAAGCUGAGAAAAACGCAGCUAUGGCAGCUUGGUCAUCUUUGAAACAAUUGGCAAAAGAGACUGCAAGAUCUUCAACUGAACCGGAGAACAAUGAUGAACUGGAGCAGAUCACAAUAGCACGGGCUUUACUGAACUACCGUCUGAAGGAAAAGAUGACACUGUCUAAUCCAAAUACUCCCAUUCCCUUUCAGAAGAAGUUUCAGAUUCAAAAUCCUAGGCCAAUCAGUUCUCAACCGCCACCUGCCACCACAUCCAAGAUCCUUCCCCUAAUUUGCCAAAAGACAGCACCUCGAGCCAAACCUUCACUGGUAACAGCAUAUGAAAGUCCUCUAAGCAGGCAUGCACAAGCAGCAGUGACCAGUGACAAUUCUGUAGUGCCACCACAGUCUUGUGCACUAGAAAGCCGAGGGAUCCGUCCCCUGAAGUUCCCUGCAGCCGGAGCAGCACCUUAUGUUCCUAUUCGACAAAUGAGAGCAUCUUGCCGGAGUAUUGCACCUCCAGUGACUAUAAGGACUGUAGUACCUGCAUUUGCUGCGCCACCUCUUCCACCACCUCCUUCAGUGCCCCAUCCAGUAAUACGGGGCCCUCCUGUACGAGUUGCUUCUCCAGUCAAUAUUAGGCAAGCUGUUCCUGUAUAUGCUGCUCCACCACCAAAAAAGGAUGACCCUGCUCCCAUCCAUAAAGAAGAUCUUCCAGCUCCUAGUGCCCCUGGCCAGCAUGAUAAGCUGCCAAUUAAAAUUCAAGAGAUGGACAAGACUGAGAACAUCCCACCAGAAUCAGAGACCGCUCGGAGCUUGGAGCAGCUGAAAAUUUGAAAUUUAUUGGAGUAGGUCUGAUCAAUGGGAACGCUGUCAUGUUUUUGUACUGAUCUAGAGCUUGCUUCUCAUCCUAUAAUGAGUGAUGUUAAAUCAUCCCUUCCUUUUUUCUUCCUUACCCCAUUUUGUCCUGUUAAAUGUGACAGUUGGUGCAGGUUGAUUAGCAUCAGCAGUUCAAUAUCUGUGAAAUUCAAGUCAAGAGCCGUUUGGCAUUAAAUUUACCCAUCUUUUUACCUUGCGCUUGUCAAUUUGGCAAGCUUGAUCUUGCUCGCUUCUUCAUGUGGUCACCAUUGCUCCACUCUGGUGUGGAAUUGCUGCUUUAUAGCAUGUUUGGUUAUUUGGUGAAAGGUUAUUUUAGGAGAAAUGAUCACGUAGCCUUUCCGGGGAAUUGAAAAAAAUAAAUCUUUCAAAAUGAUAAACUAAUAGGCACUUUAUUUUCUAUUUACCUGACAUUCACUGCAAAUUCUGUCUGAGAUUUGAGAAUGUGUAUGUCUGUGGAAAAGAAAUGGAACACUGCCCCACGGUAGCUCAGUUAGAAGAAGCCUUACUCGUGACACGGACCAGACAUGGCUUAUGCGUUCCAUGAUUGUUAGCUUUUCCUGUUAUCGAUAGAUAAUAGAGCUACAUGAGUAGAAUCGGGUUCUCCAUAGAAAAUACAGUUCAAUGUCUUUGGGAUUAUCUGUAACUUUCACUGAACUGGGUCAUCACAUCAUCUUGAGUGGCACUCAAUGAAGGCUGAUAGUUGAGGUUAGUUUUAUUUAUUUAGACUAAAAUUGUACCCCUCCCUCACAGAGAUCGUUUCUAAACAACCAUCUUUGUUGAGCAUUUGCACCAUCAUCUUUGUCACGUUCUAUUCAACCAACUGAAACAUGCACUCUUCAAGUGGGAGAUUACAUUUAAUCAGAAGAAAAACCUUCUCCAUCUGUGAAGUCAUUUUCAUCCAAUCGUUGAAUAGAACAAAUGAAAUACCGUUCAAAGUCCGGUAACUUUGUCACUUUGUAACACACCACGAUCCGAUUCUCAGAUUCCAUAAAUAAACAAGCAGAGCCUCAGACUGAUAAUCUGGAACCUUAACUGUGUCGGAGACUUAAAUGGAACUGCAGAAUGACUUAUUAAGAGGUAGUUGGCGUUUGUUUAAUGCUUGUUUGAAUUCUGCAGAAUUUUUAGCUGAACCAAGUUUCCUCCCAACUUAAUAAUUAUUACUACGCAGGCCCUCUUUUCUAUAAACAUAACGAUGAGAAAGUGCAUGUAUAUGCCAUACCCCAAACUUAUAUAAAUUGGUUAUUCUCAUUCAUUUAUUGUAAUUGAAGCUUGUUUUGUCUUGUGUGGUUGUACUCCCUAACAAUGCCUCCCACAUCUUAUCCCUAUCCUUCUGCAUGUUGAUCAAUUGCUUGGGCUUAUUAACGAAAAUUACAACCUAAUCCAUCCUUAUUGAGGAAUCAAAACCAAUCCAUAUGUUCCUUAAGGAACAGUAAUAAUGUAUGAUAAUCAUCUUUAUUCACAACUUCUUUUUGGCUUCUAUGGUUCCUAUAAUUGAUAUG